AUGGCUCGGUGGCUUCUUGUGAGCGUGGUCAUCGUCACCACACUGUGGAGGUGUACUCCAGCACUCCCCAUUUCGAAACUAAAGCAGACAGGGGAGGCUGACAGCAAAGAAUUAGUGAAUGGCAUCAUCACUCAAGACGCCGCAGCUAAAGAGAAUGCCCAUGAUCUUGCUGUGCUGAAAGGUAUCCAACAAGAAACGGACCAAAACUACAUCGAUCUGGCCUACGGGUUCGACUACGAUGACGAGUUCAAUUUUGAUGAUUUCGGGAAUGACGCCGAAGACCAGGAGAAAGGUGCUCUAAUUGCUCGCCUCUUCCAGCUCAGGAGUAAAGGAAGAGGUAGAGGUAAACCAAAACCAAAACCCUGUUCAGACUGCAAUAAACCUUGUCCUGGAAAUGGUGGAGGAGGCGGUGGCGGAGGAGGAGGUGGAGGCGGUGGAGGUGGUGGUGGUGGAGGAGGAGGCGGUGGUGGAGGAAAUAAACCAAAGCCAAAACCAGGUAAUGGUGGCGGUGGGGGUGGAGGAGGCGGUGGUGGUGGUGGAGGUGGAGGCGGCGGAGGAGGCGGUGGUGGAGGAGGAGGAUACAAACCUAAGCCUAAACCAAAACCAGGUAAUGGUGGGGGUGGAGGAGGAGGUGGUGGAGGAGGAGGAUACAAACCUAAGCCUAAACCAAAACCAGGUAAUGGAGGAGGCGGUGGCGGAGGAAAUAAACCAAAGCCAAAACCAGGUAAUGGUGGCGGUGGGGGUGGAGGAGGAGGGGGAGGCGGUGGUGGUGGUGGAGGUGGAGGCGGCGGAGGUGGCGGUGGUGGAGGAAAUAAACCAAAGCCAAAACCAAAACCAGGUAAUGGUGGCGGUGGGGGUGGAGGAGGAGGGGGAGGCAGUGGAGGAGGAGGGGGAGGCGGUGGAGGAGGAGGAGGCGGUGGUGGAGGAGGAUACAAACCUAAGCCUAAACCAAAACCAGGUAAUGGUGGGGGUGGAGGAGGAGGGGGAGGAGGUGGGGGUGGAGGAGGAGGUGGAGGCGGCGGAGGAGGCGGCGGUGGUGGAGGAGGAGGAUACAAACCUAAGCCUAAACCAAAACCAGGUAAUGGUGGAGGGGGAGGUGGUGGUGGAGGCGGUGGAGGUGGCGGCGGAGGUGGUGGAGGAGGAGGAUACAAACCUAAGCCUAAACCAAAACCAGGUAAUGGUGGGGGUGGAGGGGGUGGGGGUGGAGGAGGUGGGGGAGGUGGGGGAGGUGGGGGUGGAGGAGGCGGGGGAGGUGGUGGGGGAGGAGGAGGAGGUGGUGGAGGAGGAGGAUAUAAACCGAAGCCUAAACCAAAGCCAGGUAAUGGUGGCGGUGGGGGUGGAGGAGGAGGCGGUGGAGGUGGAGGUGGAGGUGGAGGAGGAGGUGGUGGAGGAGGAGGAGGUGGUGGGGGAGGAGGUGGAGGGGGCUAUAAUUGGCAAAAGUAUGUUGGAUCAUACUACAAAAAAGAAAGCAAUGCUCUUGCAGAAAAGGAAGUAUAA